AUGUCCGAAGACAGAAACGUACAAAAGUCCGCCAGACCGCAGAAAACUGAAGCGCUGGGACUCGCUGCGCCAGAGGGACCGGAGGCAGAAGCUAGGGUAGAGGGUCGGGGAGGCCGUACCUUGGGUGAAGAGCCUGACCGGGCGAGACGGCAGCAGUCUGGGCUCGGCUUCGGGGCAGCGGGGGACCUGGGCGCCCUAAGAUCGCGCCUCUGGCCCAAGUCUGCCCCACCCCUCAGCGGCCGAACCCCAGCCUGGGGGCGCUUUCCGCUCCGCGUGGGCAAUGGCUGUUUCCACAAAAACUGGGUAACCCCAAGCUGCGACAGGUACUGGGCAGGCACCUGUAGGGGUCCUCGGACUUUGUUUCUUCUUCAGAAGAACGCCAGCUUCGCGUUUCGCGGCUCUUCCCGAAAUGCUUUGCGGCAGGAAGGCCUACGUCAGACGCGCUACUGCGCAUCUUACGUUUGCUUAGGUCUCCUAGAUGACUACCUGGAGGGGGCCAAGCACUUCAAACCUCAUGGGUUCUCCUGCGACAAGGCUAAGGCAAGCUCCUCCGAAUGGCUGGCUGUGGAUGGGUUGGUCAGUUUCUCAGACAACAGCAAGGAGGAUGCUUUCUCCGGGACAGAUUGGAUGGUGGAGAAAAUGGAUUUGAGGGAGUUUGAUUUUAAUGAUACCCUGUUGAGUAUAGAUGACCUGGAAACCAUGCCAGAUGAGCUCUUGGCCACGUUGGAUGACACAUGUGGUCUCUUUGAUCCCCUACUCCAGGAGACUAAUAAGGAGCCCCCUCAGAUAGUGAACCCAAUUGGCCAUCUUCCAGAAAGUUUACCAACAAUUGACCAGGGUGCCCCCUUCAUUUUCUUGCAACCUCUUCCUCCUUCCCCAGGGGCCCUUUCUUCCACUCCAGAUCAUUCCUUUAGUUUAGAGCUAUGCAGUGAAGUGGUUAUCUCUGAAGGAGAUAGCAAGCCAGACUCCACCACUUGCAGUACUGUGAUCCCUCAGAGCAUAAAGGAGGAGGAUGCCCCCUCAGAUGAUAGUGGCCUCUGUAUGAGCCCCGACUCCUCUCUGGGCUCUCCCCAGCAUAGCCCCUCCACCUCCAGGGGCUCUCCAAAUAAGAGCCUGCUAUCUCCAGGUGCCCUCGGUGGCUCUUCCCGCCCCAAACCCUACGACCCUCCUGGAGAGAUGGUAGGAGCAAAAGUAAAGGAUGAGAAGCUAGACAAGAAGCUGCAGAAAAUGGAGCAGAACAAGACAGCAGCCAUUAGGUACCGCCAGAACGGGGCAGAACAGGAGGCUCUCGCUGGUGAAUGCAACGAGCUAGAAAAGAAGAAUGAGGCUCUGAAAGAGAAGGCAGAUUCCUUGGCCAAGGAGAUCCAGUAUCUUAAAGAUCUGAUAAAAGAGGUUCGAAAGGCAAGGGAGAAGAAAAGGGUCCCCUAG